GGCUUAUGUUUUGAUUUUCCCAUCUGACAGCUGACAGGUGUGUGCAGUUUGGACUCGUUAGCGCACAAGCCUGCUUGGUUGGCGCUUUCUCGAGUACUCGCGUACACGCGCUUCCUUUCGCGGAUAGGGCUUCUCCCUCCCCCCUCCCAAAUGGGUGUGUGUGUGCGUUCUGGAGCCGCGUUCGGUCGCGCGUGUGUUUGAACUGUGUUUUGAUAGUUUUGACAGGCGAAAAGCAGGAAGGUAGUAGCAGCAUAUCCUUCGCCUUCCCUUCCUUUCAGAGCAACCCCCACGGUGAGCGUGUUUUGGUGGCUAAACAAGCGGAAAAACCUCCCACCCGCGGAACGUCCUUCAUCCUUCAAAAAACCGCACUAGUGUUCGUGGAAGUGGUGCAGUGAUAGCCGCGGUAAGGCGGGACGAUUGACGCACGGAGUCGGAAGCAGUUGUUUUCUUUUUCUGGAUCGAGUGCACCCGCGAGUAAAUCGUCUCCAGUGACACACCCCCACACGACACGCCUCAGGACGCCAAGCAACGAACCAGCCCUCGCCUGUGAGAAGGAUUCGGCCGGCUGCGCAACAAGGACACCCACCGGAAGACAGCAAACUAGAUCAAACAUGUCCGGACCUUCGUCGUUAACCGGAUCGGAUGAGGAGGAGCAAACCAAUUACCACACACCGGAUGAGACCGGUCUUACGAAAUCGCAGAAGGUGGCCCUAACGGCGGCGUGGAGCAUCGUCAAGAAGGAUCUGGUGACACACGGGCGUAACAUUUUCGUGAUCUUUUUCGAGGAGUACCCACAGUAUCUGGACUACUUUGAUUUUUCCUCCGGCGGUACGGGCGACCUCGCGGAAAAUCGAUCCCUCCACGCGCAUGCACUGAACGUGAUGAACUUUAUCGGCACACUCAUCGAUUACGGCCUCAACGAUCCCAACCUGCUCAAGUGCAGCCUGGUGAAGCUGGCCCGAAACCACCGGAGACGUAACGUUACCAAGUCGGACGUUGGUGCCGUCGGAGGCGUGAUUAUGCGCUACUGCCUGAAGGCGCUCGAGCAGCAUCGAACGAAAACGCUGGAGGAAGCGUUCGGCGCCUUCCUAGGGACGGUGGCGGCCGCGUUCGAGUGAACCGUCGCUCGUCCUUCUCUCAUCGCCAUCAUCGCGCGUGUCAUCAUCCCUUCGGUGCGUCCGGAGGCGCCCGCGACGUCAACAAGUGAACUCAAACCCGUCGAAGGCGAGCGCGGUAUCGAAACUUUAAAAAUCACGUCGCUCGCUCCCGUGCAGCCCGUGAGUGUGUUGGAGGGGUUGGCCGCAAUGGAGGCGCACCCGAUGGCCGGGCUAGAUUGCUCUCUAGGCAAACAUUCCUACGUGAAACGUGCGCUUUUUAUGAUCAGCGUAGAA